AUGGGCCUGCUCUCUCUCACACAGCAGUCCAAGUUCCAACACUUGCACAACCUAGAGCAGCACCAUUGUGAUGCAGUGGAGAUAAUCAACAACGAGGAGGGCAAGGCAUGGUACAUAGUGCUGGUGAAGCCGGGGCGGUAUGUGGGCAACGUGGAGGUGGAGCGAGUGAACGUGGUGCUGCUAGGCAGCGGUGCAUGGCAGACGGUCAUCACAGGGAACCACAGCAACGGCGCUGGCUUCGAUACAUGGGAUACCCCCUCCUUUGGUCAGUCGCUCUGCAUGCUACCGCGCACUUACACCACUCCCCUCUCCUUCCUCUCAGAUCCUCUUCCCGCAACUCUCAGCUUCCCGCACCUCUCAGCUUCCCGCACCUCUCAGCUUCCCGCACCUCUCAGCUUCCCGCACCUCUCAGCUUCCCGCACGCUCCCCCCUUCUCUAUCCCCUCUUCUCUAUCCCCUCUUCUCUAUCCCUCACGCCCCUCUCAGUUGUCUUCUUGCUUUCAAGGUAUCACUGCCCUUGAGCCAUCCCAGCUAA